AUUAUAAUAAAUUCCAUCGUGAAACUUUCCUCUUCCAUCCCGCAUGCGAAGUUUAACAAGAGGAUUUCACUUCGUUCUCUACCUUAUAAUGGACAUAACUGUGCUGAAGCAACAUCCAAUUCUCGGCCUAGUGGAAUAUACCAGAUAUUCAAUCCCAGCUACAGUGAAAAGCCUUUUGAAGUGGCAUGCGAUUCAAAGACUCAUGGAGGUGGCUGGACUAUCAUCUUAAGGCGGAUGGAUGGAAGUGAAGAUUUUUAUCGAAACUGGAAUACAUACAAAAAAGGAUUCGGAGAUUUGGAUGGAGAGUUCUUUCUCGGUUUGGAUAAGAUUCAUGCGUUAACUGCAGACGAGAAUCAGGAAUUGCUUGUGGUUCUUGAGGACUUUGAUGGAGACGAAAGGUAUGAGCGGUAUGAGAGAUUUGCCAUUGACGACGAGGAUAACCAAUAUGCCCUCUAUGCUUUGGGCACAGCGAAGGGAACAGCUGGCGAUUCACUCAGAAGACAACAUGGCAAGAAAUUUUCGACAUUUGAUCGGGAUAAUGAUACUGAUGAGGGGAACUGUGCCGUUCAGUACUCUGGUGCCUGGUGGUACGAUGAUUGUCACGAAAGCCACUUGGCGGGAGUUUACAAUGACAACACUUAUGGCAAGGGCGUCAACUGGAAUCUUUUUCGCGGUCUGAAAUACUCUCUUAAAAGAGCAAUUAUGAUGAUACGCCCAAGAAAUUUCUGAGCAAUUCUCUACUCGGUAGAGAUCGUUGCUGUUUAUUGAGUCAUUCCCUGAAAUUGUAACAAUUAUAGUUAUAAUUUUUGAUCCUCGAUACUUUUCAAAUGACUAUUAUUACUAACGUUAUUCAAUAAAUUCAAAAAUUAUAAUUUA